GGCGGCGGCGGCGGCGGCGGCGGUAGCGGCAGCCGCGCAGCCCCGCGGAAUGGAGCGGCGCCGGGGCUAAGCCGGGCGCGCACGGGCCGCCGCAUGUGCCGCGCCGGGAGCGGCUGCAGAGCGGGCGGAGAGCGAGCGCGAGAGGCCCCGUCGGAGCGGCCGCCGGAGCAGCGCCGGAGAUGGGAGAGCAGCCCAUCUUCACCACCCGAGCGCAUGUGUUCCAGAUUGACCCCAGCACCAAGAAGAACUGGGUGCCUGCAAGCAAGCAGGCCGUCACCGUCUCCUACUUCUACGAUGUCACAAGGAACAGCUAUCGGAUCAUCAGUGUGGAUGGAGCCAAGUUUGCAGAGAAAAUUCCUGGAGGUGAAAGAAGCUGCCAAACUAGCCAGAGACAAAUCCCAGGAGAAAAUCGAGACCUCAAGUAAUCAUUCCCAGCCAUCCAGUGUCAACGGGACGGACGAUGAAAAGGCCUCCUGUGCGGGUCCUGCCGACACACACCUCAAGUCGGAGAAUGACAAACUGAAGAUCGCUUUGACGCAGAGUGCUGCCAACGUGAAGAAAUGGGAGAUCGAACUGCAGACCCUGCGGGAGAGCAACGCCCGGCUGACCACAGCACUGCAGGAGUCGGCGGCCAGCGUGGAGCAGUGGAAGAGGCAGUUCUCCCUCUGCCGGGAUGAGAAUGACCGGCUCCGGAACAAGAUUGACGAGCUGGAAGAGCAGUGCAGUGAGAUCAACAGAGAGAAGGAGAAGAACACCCAGCUGAAGAGGAGAAUUGAGGACCUGGAGUCGGAACUCCGAGAAAAGGAGACGGAAUUGAAAGACCUCCGAAAACAAAGUGAAAUCAUACCUCAGCUCAUGUCAGAGUGUGAAUACGUCUCUGAGAAGUUAGAGGCGGCCGAGAGAGACAAUCAGAACCUGGAGGACAAAGUGCGGUCUCUGAAGACGGACAUCGAGGAGAGCAGGUACCGACAGCGCCACCUGAAGGUGGAGCUCAAGAGCUUCCUGGAGGUGCUAGACGGGAAGAUCGACGACCUGCACGACUUCCGCCGGGGCCUCUCCAAGCUGGGCGCCGACAACUAGGGCUCGGGAGUCCCCGGGGUGCGCGUGAGCUGGUAGCACUAGGACCUCCUCCUGUUCGCGUGGCUUCUGUAAACGCAGGCGCCGUUUGUCGUGUUUCCAAACCGGGGGACGCCGUCCACUCUCUCCUCCCCAGAAUCGAAAUCCGCCCUCGCUUCUCUGGCCUGGCGGGGUUGUAGACGCCUGGACGAUGCUGACUCAGGAAUCCAGAACUAGGUCUACCUUAAAAUGUUUACGCAGUCAGGGCAGGGAUGUUUCUAUCUUUCUUAAGGGCUGUUGCAACCAUAAGAACUGAAAAAAGAAGUAUUUUCUAAUCCAAAUAUGAAUACCCUUUGCAGCUCCUUUUGAGUAGCGUCCAGAGUAUGCGAACGUCCGCCAGGCACGCGUGUGUGGGGCGAGGCGAGAGAAGCUUCCCUCUGUGUGUAGAGAUGCUUUACAGCCACCACUUAGGAGAGGUUUGUCCAGAGAAGGAAAACAAGUUUCUGAUGAGUGCGAUUUCUGGCGCAGGAAUCACCUGCAUCCACUCCCUCCCCCUGCCCUCCACCCGGUUUGUAGGGUUGCAACAAUGUUCCUUUUCUGGGUUUUCAUUUCUGAGCAGAUGACCGUGCUGUGCGGACAGCACGUGGUAAGGGUACCUAGCACAGUGCUUGGCACAAAGUAGGUGCUUAAUAAAUAUUUGUUCAAUUAAACAUAUAAA